CCGUGUUUGAGGUGAGAAAGGAAAGGUUGGUUGGAAAUAUUACUUUACACACACUAAAUCUUCAGAUGCUCCAUUCUCAAAAAAGAAAUUGAGGGCCUUACCAACAAAUUGAAGCAAAUGGAAGCCGAGAGAGGAAUAGAGCGUGAAAAAUACAAAUCAGAUUUUGAAUCUGUAAGAGCUGAAAAGAGAGCAGAACUAAAAGCUAGAGAUGAUGUUUUAAUGAAGUUGUUGGGGCAAAUGAAUGGUACUUUACACAAGGAUGAUCAACAUGUGCAAACAUUUGUGGACCAUAUUCAUAUGCCAAUCUCUACAUCAACCAUUGAACUUGAGAACAUGCCACCGGUUCUCUUAUCUCCACAUAAAAAGAUGAAACUAACCCAAAUAGACGACAAGGUAGAUUCUCAAGCUUCCGAGCCGAUGCUCAUGAGAAACCAAAGCUCUACGAUCCAAAGAGAGAAAAUACAUCAAAAGAAGGCUAUCGAGGAUCUUCUUAAUGUUGCAUUUCAGAAAAUACCACUUGUAACUUACAAAUUGUAUGUAUUUGGCCAAGUGAAAAACAAUUCAAAAUGAUGUGUCAUGAAGAGGCUUGUGGACAUGAUAAAAAAUUCUAUUGGCCAAG